CAGACUCUCAGUUUUUCCCUUCAGUUUGGUGGGCUCGCUGCUGUUAUUUCAUGCGUUCAGAGAUCAGAGGCAGGGCGUAGCUGGAGGCUGCGGGUCUCUGCAGGUGCCGGAGCUUGUUCUGGUGCCGUGGAGGAGCACGGCAAAGCGCUGAAGGGUGGGUUGACCCUCUGGGGCACGGGGUGGGGUGACUAGAAUAUGAAUGGCUGCCAACUCUGGGACAUCUCCUCAGCCCACACUAAGGUGAGCGGUGUUUCAGUAGACGAGCAUCAACAGUGACCCCACAGUUAUGCUGUGUAUCAGCCUUCCCCUCUGUCCACGCCCCUCGUUUUCCCGUGAGGCCCAUGUGACCUAGCCUGCACUAACACACAGGGGGCCCCCGCUGCUGCUGGAGCCCACCCAUGAAUCCAAGCCCUGACCGCAGCAAAGAGUGCCUCCCUCCCAAGAAGAGAGAGUCUCGGCAAGGAUCUGCAGAACACCACGUUCCACUGGAUGAGUUCAAACCCCCCGUGCCGUUCCGGAGCCGCCUCAGCACAGGUAGAGGGGAGGGAGGCAGGGAGGGCGGCAACAGAGAUCGAGUCCUUUGCAAUCCAAACCCUCAACCUCUUCACAGCCCCCCACCCCUCCCUGCCCAAGCAUCAGGCCUCUCUGUGCCAUUAUCAUGGGCCCUGAGCUACUCUCCCCCUGUCUCCCUUUUUCCAGGACAGGUUAGUGAUAGGAGGAGCUCAGGGUCUCCAGCUUGGAGAGAUGAUCCUCUUGCCUCACCUCGGCCCCACCACUCCAGGUGGCUGCCACUGCAACCCCCUCAUUCUCCUUCCUCUUCUUCGUCCUUUAAGACUCCUUUGCCAGACAGUUCUAGAGAGAUGUGGUCCUAUAUUAACAGUGGCCAACGCAGCUAUACCCCAUCUUUUUUCUCUUCGUCAUACUUUAGUCCUCAAUCUCUGUACCCAGACCCCAACCUAGCUGAGGUAAGAUCCAGGUACUUGAGCAAGAGGCCUAAUGGCUUGGAUGGGCCAGGCAGCAGGACUGCCUCAGCCUCCAGACCUCUGCUCAUGGGAGAAUACGGGAAUGACAGCAGCAGGUCUAGACUGAACAUUAGCCCACACACAUUGCAUGCCAAUGGUGGACGGAAACAGCAGGAAGACUUAACAUCACCUGUUCAUUCUGGAGGGAUGUUUCUUUCAGACUCUCAGGCUCAAGAACACCCCGAGCAACAUUCUUCCCUGCAGGAAAGACAUCAGCCAGGGAAAACCAGCUCCACUCCGCUUCCCAUCAGUCCCCAUCUCCUCGGACCAGACUCCAGGAUGGGCAGAGGUGGGCUACUGGACCACCUGGGAGUCACACCAACUGAGGCCCAAUUCUACUAUUCCUUGGGAUCCAUCUCCCAUCCCAGCCCUCAAGCCUACCCGCUCUACAACUCCUCAGGAACAUUUCCAUUCAGUCUGCACAGGGAGCCAGCACCCAGGCAGCACAACAUAAGGAACUCGCAGCACUCACCCCUGGGUCUGCCUAACAGCCAUGACAGGUCACAGAGAGACCGGGACAGAGACCAAGAAAGGGACAAGAUCCUGCAAAGAGACAGAGAACGAGUCAAAGUCAAAGAGAAGCAGCUACACCAGGACAAAGACCAAGAGAGGGACAGUGAGCGUGAGAGACGACGGAACAGAGACAGAGGGAGACAGGUUUCUCCCUCCAACCCUCACACCUCAUCCCCGGCCCUCCGCCCAUCGCCCCCCGCACUCCUACCUCAUUUCACCAAGGGGUCUCUGAUUGAGUUGGGCAGUGGUCGGCUGAAGCGGGUGGAGGAGUUGCGGACGGACGACUUCCUGAGGAGCGCAGACACAUCCCCAGAGUUCCACCUCAGCACCUGCACGGUGUCGCUGAUAUCCCCCAGCAGUGCACAGGGCUUCAGCCACCUGCAGGUCCACCUCACAGACCGCAACACUCAGGAGUUACUGCAGGUCUUGGUGGAGUACCCCUUCUUUGUGCAAGACCGGGGUUGGUCUUCUUGCUCUCCUCAGAAAACCAUGCAGCUGUACGGCCUGCCAUGCCGUCAGCUCACAGAGGGCGACGUAUGCCUGGCCCUCACCCCGACUAUCGCCCAAACUCAACGGACACACGUGCGCGCCAGCUCCAAAGCCCAUCACACGCAGCUCCUGUCCAAGGCCGGGGCCGAGUCGAGCAGCUCACAAAGGGAGGAGAUGCCACCCCCGCCUCCACCUCCCCCUCUUCCUCAUCAACCACCUCCCUCUACGGCAUGCACUCCGUGCACACAGUCCGCAGGCCCUCCUGUGAAAGAGCAGCGACGGCUUCGCAAACGGCGUUGGUCUGCACCGGACAUACUUCCCUCAACAGGAACUGAUGAAAGCCUCUUGGGUUUACCUCAUGGCUCCAAGCUAAUGAAGUGGCAGUAGAAACUUGCACAUGUACACACACACACACACACACACAAACACAUGCAUAAGCACAUACACACCCUCCUUGUCUCUGUUGCGCCCACAAAUACAAACAAUGGAGAGACCUCAAGGCAGGGUUGCAGGGAAGGAAUACAAAAUAAAAUACAGGUGAUCACUCACUUUGGUCUUGCUGCACCCUUCCUUUCCUUUCUUUUCCUUUCCUUUCCUUUCCUUUCCUUUCCCUUUCCUCCAACCUAGUUGUACUUAACACAGCCCUGAAAGCAGCAGCAACUCAAACAUCUCUGAAUGACUCUUUACAAACACACUGAAGACAUUCAGUGAGACAAUCAAGCACUUGUGUGUGUGUGUGUGUUCACUCUGUUUUUGUUAUGAUUGUCCCACACACCUACAGUACUUAAUAAAAGUAAUCGCUGCAGGGUAUUUUCGAUCAGUGUUACAAAAACUAAACGCUAUUGAGGAAUUGCAGAAAUAUACAAACAAAAAUUGACUAUAUAUAUAUAUAAAUAUAUAUUACAUUACAGAUGUUAUAUACAGUAAAUAUGCUAAACAGAUUUAAUGCAAUCUCUGUCAAUUUUGCAAUGCGUUAUUUUUAAUGUUUUUCUUGCUUCUGAGCCGAUGUCUUCAUGCCGGCCUGGGCAGGCACAGGUGAAUGUAUGAGCAACUCUUCGCCUUUUUUCAUCCUCAUCACUGGGAGUCAUUUAAAAAAAAGUUUUUUCAUCAAGGCAUUACUCUCCAAUAUGUUCUUAACAUUAUCUCUGACAAAGGGAGAACACUAAUGAAAACUGCGUAACAGACAAUCCCACGCACACAGACGGGCCUCGACACUCAUGGUGUUUUUCCAUUAAGACUGAAUGAUGGAAGGAGUAAAAGGUGCAGUAUGGCUGAAGAGUAAUGGUGCUAAUAACACGUUGGAACAUGAUGCUUUGUGAAUGCUCUUGACCCCCGUGUACUGUACGCUUCUGUUCCCCCCGUCUCAUCCUUUUUAUGUACUGUAUUUGUUUGAAGGCAGGGAAAAUGACGAAAGUAUUUUAAAAACUCAGAUACGGGUAAAUCAUCUGAAUCAGCACUCUCUCUCACUUUAGUUUGUAUUUUUUUUUUGUUUUUGUUUUUUAAUUUUCAAAGAGAAAAAAAUGAACCUGUUUAUUUUUCUUUUUAAAUGUUAAAGCUACAAAAAUGUAUAUUUUUAAAAACUUGUGAAUCUGUUCUAUGAUGUUCGCUAGAAAUAAAUGAGAAAACAAGCUUUAUAGAUUAUAA